CGCCGCUGUACACUAGAGCUCGAAAACCCCAAAACCCCAGGAGCCAGCCAACGCAGCUGCAGCGGCGGCGGCGGCCGGCGGCCGGCCGCUGACGAACCCGCCGCAAGGAACUCGGGUCGACGCCGACGGCAUGAGUGGGUGUAGCGUCAGCCCGUGCGAUCUGGACAGGGAGUUGGCGGCCCAAAUCGCCCAGCUCCUCGCUGCGCCGCCUCUCCAAUCCGCUCAGGAAUAUUAUGAUGAACUUAUACAGUCUAAGAAACACGAUGGCAUAAGAGUGAGCUACAGCGACAAGCAUGGGAAAGGUGUUUGUGCAACCAAGGACUUUGCUGAAGGGGACUUUGUUCUGAAGGAUCGAAUGUUGGUCGGUGCUCAGCACAGUCUGAACAAGGUUGACUGUAUUGUGUGUAGCUAUUGCUUCCGCUUCAUUGGCUCUAUAGAGUUCCAGAUUGGACGAAGAUUGUAUUUGCAAAGCAUUGGUGCUAGCAUUGAUGGGACUAAUGACAGACAUUGCCAUGAAAGUGGUGUUGGGUCAAGUAUCGGUUGUUCUGGUGCAACAAAGGGAAAUAGUAAUACUGUGCCACAAGAGGUCCUCAUGUCACUUAUGACUGGUGACACAUCACUGCCUUUUACUGAUCAGUUUGGUUUGCCGUCAGUUGUUGCCUGCCCUGGUGGAUGUGAGGGAGAACUCUACUGCAGCCAAUCAUGUGCAGAUUCCGAUUGGGACUCUUAUCAUUCUUUGCUGUGUACUGGAUCCAAGACUGGACCAUUCCGGAGAUCUGCCCUUCAGAAAUUUGUAGAGCAUGCUAAUGGAACCAAUGAUAUUUUCUUGGUUGCUGCUAAGGCUAUCACUGUCACCAUGUUGAGGUACAAGAAACUUAAAAGGCAGCUUGCAUCUCAAAGCAAAAAAGAUGAAUCAAGCUUUCCAUUCCUUAUGGAAGCUUGGAAACCACUUUCAAUGGGCUUCAAAAAGAGAUGGUGGGAGUGUGUUGCUUUGCCUGAGGAUGUAGAUUCCAGUGAAGAAGACUCAUUUAGGCGGCAAAUAAGAGAUCUGGCAUUUACGUCACUGCAGCUUCUCAAGGAUGCAAUCUUUGAUCCUGAGUGUGCACCUUUGUUUUCGCUUGACGUCUAUGGCCAUAUAAUUGGCAUGUUUGAACUGAACAAUCUUGAUUUAGUUGUUGCAUCACCAGUUGAAGACUAUUUCAUACACAUUGAUGAUCUUCCGGAUAGCGAGAAGGAGGAAGCAGAGAAGGUAACGGGACCAUUCCUAGAUGCUUUAGGUGAAGAUUAUUCAGUUCCUUGCGAGGGGACGGCAUUCUUCCCUUUACAGAGCUGCAUGAACCAUUCAUGCUGUCCAAAUGCUAAAGCAUUUAAAAGAGAUGCGGAUAAGGAUGGCCAUGCAGUGAUAAUCGCUCUCAGGCCUAUCGGCAAGGAUGACGAGAUUACCAUCUCCUACAUUGACGAAGAUCUUCCAUACGAUGAGAGGCAGGCGCAGCUUGCAGAUUAUGGAUUCACAUGUACGUGCUCGAAGUGCCGAGAAGAGCGACCAAAUUGAAAGGGGACAGACAGUUUGUACUUGGAUGACAUAUUGCAAGGCAUUUUGGGAGUAUCUUCUCGUAGUUUCUUUCAUUGGGGAAUUUUGAUAGCUUUAAGAGAUUGAGAUAGGAUAUGCAAAAAGAGUUAGAUGAGAUGGGCCUUUUUUCCAGUUGUAACACGAUGGGAUGUUAUUGCUCGAAUGAAUACUGGUGCUCAUGUUGAAAUGUUACAGCCAAUC